AUGCCAGAGUCACCCAAGCCAGAAUCACUCAAAUUCGAGCCUCGUCGCCGAGUUCAGCAUCGCCAAUUCAAGAGUCACCGAUACCUGAACUACGCAGGCCCGAGCUGGAUCAUCCAGCCCCAGCCGAUCCCAAGUCACCCAAACCAGAAUCUUCCAAACCAGUGCCUCCCCAACCAACUCCAACAGUGGAUCAAGGGACUAGGUGACGGUAUUCGCCUCUGGCAUGUGGAGUCCGGACAACUGAUCCGCUCUGUGUUUAUCUUCAAGAUCAAGACGACUAACCCAGAGAAUCAGCCACUGCGGUCAUUUGAGUUGUUUUGA